AAAGAGCGGCUGAUUCAAACUCAGGGUCUCCGAAGGUCCCACAAGAGACCCAACUGACUGCCCUUCAUGGGCUGAUAUGAAUCCUCCCCCCCCUCCGUCCCACCUCCGCCCCGGACCGUAAUAACCGGCGGCACUGCGCAGGCGCCAUCUGCCUUGUUGCAGGAAGAAGGACGCUGAUUGGUCGCGCUCGGGAUGUCGGCAUUGGGCAGGAGGACUCCGAGGGGCGGAUCCUCCAAAGGAAAAGGCGGAACUAGUGGAGAGAAAAGGGCGUGAAGCCUCCACUUCCAGAAACAAAACGGGCAAAGAGGGAAGCUGCCUGAAUCAGCGACAGAGGAGGCCAUUUAAUGCAGGAGGACGGAGGAUGGCGGCGGAUGCAGGAAAGAGGCCCCGGCCGAGAGGAGGAGGAGGAGAGGAGGCCCCGCGGAGCAGCCCUGCCCUGUCCCAGAGCGGCUUCCCGGGAGACAGCGGGGAAAGGCCGGGGGGCUCUGGGGCUGCAGGAGGGAGGAGCCCAGGGGGAGCCCAGGAAAGGCGGCUGCCUGGAGAGCAUUGCAGGGAGGAGGAAAUGGGCGGAGACUCCAAGACGGGCCUGGAGGGCAGAGGCUCCUUCGGAAGACCCCCAAUGCCCCGAAGGAUCCAGGAGGGAGGAAGGAAACAUCAAUGCCCCGAAUGCGGAAAAUCCUUCAAAACAAUUGGCCAUCUUGAAAGUCAUUUAAGGAUCCACAUAGGAGAAAAACCUCAUAAAUGCUUUCAGUGUGGAAAGAGCUUCAGUCAGAGGGGACAUCUUUAUAAACAUCAAAGGAUCCAUUGGGUAGAAAAACCUCAUAAGUGCCUGGUGUGUGGAAAGAGCUUCAGUUGGAGGAGCAACCUUUAUACACAUCAAAGGAUCCACUGGGGAGAGAAACCACAUAAAUACCUUGAUUGUGGAAAGAGCUUCAGUAGGAGAGGAAGUCUGCACAGACAUGAAAGAAUCCAUUCAGGAGAGAAACCGUAUCAGUGCUGGGAGUGUGGAAAGAGUUUCAGUCAGAGAGGAAAUCUUUACAUUCAUCAAACAAUUCACACAGGAGAAAAACCACAUAAAUGCCUGGAGUGUGGAAAGAGUUUCACUCGGAGAGGAAAUCUUUACGUGCAUCAAAAAAUCCACUGGGGAGAGAAACCUUAUCAGUGCCUGGAGUGUGGAAAGAGUUUCAGUCAGAGAGGACAACUUUCCCAGCAUCAAACAAUCCAUUCAGGAGAAAAACCACAUAAAUGUCUUGAUUGUGGAAAGAGCUUCAAUUGGAGAGGAACUCUUUAUAGACAUCAAAGGAUCCACACAGGAGAGAAACCACAUAAAUGCCUUGAGUGUGGAAAGAGCUUCAAUCAGAGAGGAAAUCUUUACAUUCAUCAAACAAUCCACACAGGAGAGAAACCACAUAAAUGUCUUGAUUGUGGAAAGAGCUUCAGUAGGAGAGGAAGUCUGCACAGACAUGAAAGAAUCCAUUCAGGAGAGAAACCACAUAAAUGUCUGGAGUGUGGAAAGAGUUUCAGUCAGAAAGAACAACUUUCCCAGCAUCAAACAAUCCAUUCAGGAGAAAAACCACAUAAAUGUCUUGAUUGUGGAAAGAGCUUCAGUAGGAGAGAAACUCUGUAUGAACAUCAAACAAUUCACACAGGAGAAAAACCACAUAAAUGCCUGGAGUGUGGAAAGAGCUUCAGUCACAGAAGAAAACUUUCCCAGCAUCAAACAAUCCAUUCAGGAGAAAAACCACAUAAAUGUCUUGAUUGUGGAAAGAGCUUCAGUAGGAGAGGAAGUCUGCACAGACAUGAAAGAAUCCAUUCAGGAGAGAAACCACAUAAAUGUCUGGAGUGUGGAAAGAGCUUCAGUCAGAAAGAACAACUUUCCCAGCAUCAAACAAUCCAUUCAGGAGAAAAACCACAUAAAUGUCUUGAUUGUGGAAAGAGCUUCAGUAGGAGAGAAACUCUGUAUGAACAUCAAACAAUUCACACAGGAGAAAAACCACAUAAAUGCCUGGAGUGUGGAAAGAGUUUCACUCGGAAAAGAAAUCUUUACCUGCAUCAAAAAAUCCACUGGGGAGAGAAACCGUAUCAGUGCCUGGAGUGUGGAGAGAGUUUCAGUCAGAAAGGACAACUUUCCAAGCAUCAAAUGAUCCACUCAGGAGAAAAACCACAUAAAUGUCUUGAUUGUGGAAAGAGCUUCAGUAGGAGAGGAACUCUUUAUAGACAUCAAAGGAUCCACACAGGAGAGAAACCACAUAAAUGCCUUGAGUGUGGAAAGAGCUUCAGUAGGAGAGGAAGUCUGCACAUACAUCAAAGAAUCCACACAGGAGAAAAACCACAUAAAUGUCUGGAGUGUGGAAAGAGCUUCAAUCAGAGAGGAAAUCUUUACAUGCAUCAAAGAAUCCAUUCAGAAGAGAAACCGUAUCAGUGCCUGGAGUGUGGAAAGUGCUUCAGUCAGAAAGGACAACUUUCCAAGCAUCAAAUGAUCCACUCAGGAGAAAAACCACAUAAAUGUCUUGAUUGUGGAAAGAGCUUCAUUAGGAGAGAAACUCUUUAUAGACAUCAAAGGAUCCACACAGGAGAAAAACCACAUAAAUGUCUGGAGUGUGGAAAGAGUUUCAGUCAGAAAGGACAACUUUCCCAGCAUCAGAGGAUCCACUCAGGAGAAAAACCACAUUAAUGCCUGGAGUGUGGAAAGAGCUAUAUUGAGCAUAGUAGCCUCAAUCGACACCAAAGAAUUCACGUGGGAGAAAAAUCAUAAACACACCUGAGUGUGAGAAGAUCUUCAGUCACGGUGUAUCUCGGGAAUUGAAUUAUAUAUUUAAUUUGGCUAAGUGUGAAUAGACACCCUAGGAAUUCACCUAGUGCAUAUUCAUCAUCAUUAUAAUAAUUCCAAUAAGAGGAAUUAUUGCUCUUUACUCCAAAUGAUUAAAGAAGACAAUAAGGGUAAAUAAUAACUGCCAAAUAAGGGACUUUCUCAGGCUGAAUAAUAAAGGACUUUUUCAAUUGUACAUGCUAGAUUGUACAACUGGCUGAAAUUGUACCUUUUCACAACAGAGACGCAUGAUGCCAUGUGAAUGUUCUUUUAAUGCAAGGCUCAUUUCAGUGGUUAUGCUUAAUAUUAUGGGUUGUUACUGUCCAUGUCUCUGAUAUAACUGUAAUUGAGCAGGAUGAUUUCUUCCAAGGUGGAUUUCAUUUAAAUCACGUUGAUUUAAAUCAUGUCAAUUUAAAUCAUUAUGUAAACCGCUAUUAAAAAGAUUUAAAUCAACUUUUUAAAUCAUAAUUUUUUAAAAACAACUGUCAUGUCUGUCCCGCACCAGCUCCUCCUCUGAGCCGCUGUUGACUCGCCGACAGUCCCAUUUAUUUUAAUAGGGCGGCUGGUGAUGCAUCAGUGACACAACCAGGUGAGGGACGUGGCUGGCAGCAGGUGAGUGGAUGCCCUCUCACAGGCCCUGCCAUGAUGGAUCUGAAAUGACAGGUGCUCUUUAAUGUUAUAUUUAUAAGCUGCUUAGAAGGUUUCACUUCCAUUUUUACUGCUUGCCCUUCCCCCUCACACUUAGAGGCUGAGGGUACAGAUGCAUUUCUUUCCAAACAAUCAUACAGUUUGCAGUCUACAUACAGUAUAUUUGAAGGAAAAUGGGGAAAAGGAAUAUUCCUGCCCUUUGCCUGAUGAGUUAUCUCAUGAUUACUGUGAAACUCUGUGGAUGUAUCAAUGCAGUGCAUGUUAUUUCAGCUUGCGGUGCUUGGAUUCAUUGAAUGAGUUUAGCAGAAAUGUAAAUAUUGCAGAAUAUACAGCUUCAUGCUACAUAACUAAGCUCCAUUUCAACCUGAAUAAACUAAAUUAUUAAUGUAUCUUAAAUGGAAAAUUAUCUUUAUGAUUCUUGAUGAACGUAUCUUUUCUUUUAUGUACGCUGACAGUAUAUGCACCAAGACAAAUUCCUUGUGUGUCCAAUCACACUUGGCCAAUAAAAAACUCCUAUGCUAUGCUAUGCUAUGCUAUGCUAUGCUAUGCUAUGCUAUGCUAUGCUAUGCUAUGCUAUGCUAUUUGAAUAGCAUAGCAGAGCAGAGCAGAGCAGAGCAGAGCAUAGAAUAGAAUAGAAAUCCCAAUGGGAUUUUUAUCCCAAAAGUAUUUUAUUAAAAUAAAUUUGAUAAAAAAUAACAAAAAUAACACGGUGGGCCUGGUAGGCCUGUUUUCCGCCCUCCCCAGGUUCCAGAGGCUUUCUUGGAGCCUGGAGAGGGCGAAAACAGCCUUCCCCACCCCCCUGGAGGCCCUCCGGAGGCCCAAAACUCAGCUGGCCGGCCCGCGCAUUCAUGACGGAGCUGAGCUAGGGCAACGCUUGUGUGCCCACCCAUAUGGCUCUGGGUGCCUCCUGUGGCACACGUGCCAUAGGUUCGCCAUCACGGGCCUAGAGGUUGUGAUGGGGAGGAACCAGCUCUGACUCAACCAACCCCUUGGGUUUUUACUCCUAUCUCAAGAUCUAGUGAUGUGUUAUCUCUGACUUGCACUGGUGCACAAUCUGAGGACUCUCCUGGACUUGCAGCUUCUGCUCAAAGAGCAGGAGACAGCCAUACCUGGGGAGGGGGCUUUGCAUCUCUCUUGCAUGCCAGUUAUACCAUACUUAUUCCUGGACCAAGAGGCCUUGUUCAUAAUCAGUCAUGCCUUGAUCACUCUGCUUAACAAUUAAUUACCACAACACUGUCAAAUAAUUUACUAAGACUGUAUUACUAUUAUUCUUCUCUUCCUUACUAGUAUCUCUUUCCACUUAUUACUAUAACCAUGUUUCUUGUAUCUUUCAGUUUAUAUUGUUUUUAUUUGUUUCCUAGUACGAUUUGAUAGCUUAUUAGUAACCUUGACUAUUACUAAGUCUUGUAUCUUUUUAUUCUUGAUGUAUGUAUUUUAUUCUCUUUAUGUACACUGAGAGCAUAUGCACCAAAGACAAAUUCCUUGUGUGUCCAAUCACACUUGAUCAAUAAAUAAAUAAUUCUAUUCUAUUCUA